GUGUUGUCAAUUCAUGUAUUUGGCUCAUAGAUCGUUUGAUUUUGCCAUCAGACUGUAUCGUACAGAUCAUUCCUUAUUUCAACGUACCCAUUCAGAUGGAAUGAAGCUGCUGCCAGCAGAUCUAUGUCUUUGCCAGUGGAUCCUGGUGGAGCAUCACAAGAGUCUGGUGACAGCGCUUUUACAUCACCAAGUGGAUACCAUCCCCAUCUGCUUGAUGACCCUGAAUUGACUUCAGGACGUCACCGGAAGGUUCUCAACCUUGCAUCUUACCUGGUAUCCAUGGUAGCAUAUGCAAAGCCCUCUGAACUGAAAAAGGACUUGAAUGAACAGUUCAGGGAAAAGUUUCCAAACCUCAACAUCACACUCACUAAACUAAGAAGCCUUAAGAAAGAUAUUGUUAAAAUAGCUAUAUCACAGGAAUGUCAGCUGGAUCUGACAACAGUAGCUUAUGCAUUUGUAUAUUUUGAAAAACUAAUUUUGAAGGAAAAGAUAAGUAAAGCAAACAGAAAGCUGCUGGCAGGUUCCUGUUUGUUGUUAGCUGCGAAAUUUAAUGAUGAUAUGAAAAGAGACAAAAUAAAGGAGCUGAUUGAGGCCAUCGAGGACAGGUUUCGCAUAUCAGCCAAGGAACUUCUGAAGUUUGAAUUCCAAGCAGUGAUAGCUCUUGAGUUUGAUCUGCAUGUCCCACAGUGGGAGGUGUUGCCUCAUGUCAAGCGUAUGGAGACAGAGUAACGACAUUGAUAGACAAACACUUAUAGUGUUCAAUAAAUAUUGAAUGAUCUCAAACGAUGAAAUUGUUUGAUAUCAUUCAAGUAAAGAGUGGUUUACUUGCAAAUGAUACAAGUAAAGAGUUUUGUCUGAAUAAUGGUGGUUUUUGCAAUGCUGAAAAGCCUUUUUAUCAGGGUUUACAUUGCUCUUGUAAAUGCUGGAGUUUUAAAAUUUUGUCACUUUUCCAUGUUCUCGUAUUUUGUGGCUACCUUGAAAAUGCAAAUAAAAAUACUUCUUAAACUUUCCACAAAUACUUAAAGGUCAGUUCCCCGCAAAGCACAAUUCUUUUUAACUUUCACACCAUCUGGGUUAUGGAAAAUGUACACUUGUAACCGGGAAAACUCCUGGACCUCCUGCAAUCCCAACAUCUCUGAUUGGUUCAAACUCCGUUUUAUAUUGAAGCGAUAGAGCACUUUUUCCGCGUUUACAUAGCCUCAUCUAAACACGAGGAGGGUUGGGAAAUUCGAGACA